AUGGUUGUAUGUGGAAGUGACUGCAAGCCACAGGCCAUCACAACUCCAAGGACCAAGACUGUGACAAUUGUUGGUGGAGCAAAUGCAAAUUGGAAAUCACAUCCCCCAUUGUAUGUGUUCCCAUGGAAGCGGUGGGUGGAUCAGCUUUUAGAGGACGCACUCCCAGGUUCAUCUGGAGGGAUGUCAGACAGUGGCUUUGCCAACGGGGGCCUGUUUGAGACCUAUCUCAUGUGUCAUUUUGCAAAGCAUGCCAGAUUAGAAGGAGCCUCGCAUAAGCCAGUUCUAGUGCUUUAUGAUGGUCACAAGGUCCACUUGUCCUUGACCCUUGCUGACUGGGCAAAAGACCACAAUGUGGUUCUAUUUGUAUUGCCACCCCACACUAACCAUCUAACUCAGUCCCUUGAUGUUGGGUAUUUGGUCCACUGA